AUGGAUGCUUCUCGUCCCUGCAAGAGUUGCAGACAGAGAACUCUCGUCCCGGACGAUGUAACAGGCAAUAUGGUCUGCACAUCAUGUGGCGUAGUUCAAGAUUUUGACAAUUUUCAAGCUCAUAUUGGUGGCAUUACCGGCCCUGCUGGCACCUAUGUUCGUGUGGGAACUGCUGGCACUGGCAGUACUUACAAUUAUAAAGAAAAUAAAAUUUACGAGGCCCAAAAAUUGAUUGGGGAUUUUAUGUUUAAAUUAGGACUUUCGCGUUCAAAAUCCGAUGAGGUUAAGGUUAUGGUUGAGACGGUUACGGAAGGGGAAUAUGGUCAAGGGAAUUGGUUCCCGGUUCUUAUAGGUGCGUGUGCCUAUGUUGUGAUGAGGAAGGAUAAGAAGAUCUUGCCAAUUGAAGAAGUGGUAGAUUUGGUGGGGUGUGAUGUUUAUGAAUUGGGUCGGAUGAUUAAUCGAGUUCUGGAUUUUCUUGACUUGAAGUUGCCAGAGUUUGAUAUUGUGAAUUCUCUGGAACAUGUUAUUAGGAAAUAUCCGAUGUUUAAUAGGAUUUCGGAGGAUGUGGUUCAGAGGAUGUUGAAGCAAGGGAUGUUUUUAAUGCAAUGUUUGAUCAAGUGGUUCUUGACCACAGGAAGGAGGCCGAUGGCGGUUGUGGCGGCAGUCUUGGUUUUUGUUGGGGAAUUGAAUCAAUUAGAUGUAAAGAUUGAAGUUGUCGCAAAGGAGUUGCAUGUAUCAGUUGUUACGUGUAGGCGUAGGUACAAGGAACUUCUGGAGAGGCUUGUUAAAGUUGCGCAAGCUUUGCCAUGGGGUGAAGAUGUCACAGUGAAGAAUAUUCUGAAGAAUGCUCCAAAUGUGAUUCAGUACAUGGAAAUGAAGUCAAUGAGCCAAUUCGGUCAGAAGGGGAAGAGCUUUGAGCAUGUUGGAUUUGAUCUGACGGAGGUGGUUGGUGGAUGUGUGAGCAAAGAAACCGAAUAUGGAGUUGAUAGUCAUACCACAGAAAAUUGCACUGUGCUGUAUUUUGAGGCAAAUCUUCAGUCACCUAUGAGAAUUAAAUAUCCAGAUAAAUUUCAGAUUUCCACAGAAUGUUUGGCCAUGAUUUAUUCCAAGUUCUUGGACGAGGUUCCUUUACUCAAGGCCACAUCAGAAAGGUCCAAGGAUAACAAAAGGAAGAGAGCGGGAAGUUUUGACCUUCAUGCAUGUACAGACUGGUGGAAGGGCAAAUCAGAUUUGAGUAAAAAGCUUUUGUUGAAACAAGUAUUUGAGAAAGAUGUAGGAUUGGAUGCUUCACCACCAUCUUUUGAUAGGGGAUGCUUAGCUUCUGCAAGGAGACGAGAAAAGAUAAAAGCUUCCAAGCUGCGAAUUCAGAAGAUUAUGCAUCCUCUUGUAGCUGAUGCUGGUGAUGGGAGUGAUAUUUGUGUCUCGAAAUGUAUAAAAUCUGGGAAGAAGCAAAGGAAAAUGCAAGUGGAUAUUGACUGGGAAGAUCUCAUCAUUGAAACUCUUCUCCUUCAUAAUGUAAAGGAAGACGAGAUAGAAAAGGGACAUUAUAAUGUAUUGAUGGAUUUGCAUGUUUUUGACUAUGGCAAUGUGUAG